AUGCUGGAUUACCGAGAAGACGUUGUUACAAAAGAAGAGUCUUCUGCCUGGCAGGACCUGUGUAAGGGAGGGACCAUUCCCACUGCCGCCUCCCUCCGAGUCCCUCCUGCCCGAAUAGGAUUGUCUGCUAAACAGGAUCUCUUGCAAGGACUGAACAGUCAGGAAGUGUCCGAGAGGUACAUUAUGAAACUACAGAAGGAGCGGGAACGUACAAAUAAAGCUGUGAGCCGUAGUCUUGACAACCUGCCCAUCAAAAUAAAGAAAAUGGUUAAAGAGCAUACAGACUCCGAUCUGAAUGCAAUCAUGAAUGUCCAUAAGAAUGGGUCAUAUACCUGGCGGAGCCGCAGCUACCAGUUGGGGAUGGGUACCAAAUACGAUGAAUGCAAUGCAACUAACCAUUUAUUCCAAGCAAUGCCCAUUAAUUCGUUAUGUAAACACACAAAACGUAACUGCUCAAAGUGCCAUAAGCAGUUCAGAGGACGUAGAACAGUGAAACAUGAUGAAAAAGACCUCACCGAAAUCAAAACAAUAACUACGGAUACCGAUACACGAACUUCCGGUUACGAUUCUGAAUUUGAUUUUGUUUACAGUCAGCUGGGGGAUCAAAGCACGCGCAGUGACGUAUCAUUGAUAAAUGGUUUUCCAGUUAGAAUGCAACAGAAUCUUGAGGAAGAAACAUUAAAAGAUUUGAACGACUUUCAAAAGAGAUAUCAAAAGAUGUUUGAUGCCAACCGUAACGUGCAUUUUGUUCAUUCCUCUCUUGUAAAUAACAAACGUGUGAAGCGGCUGCAGAAAUAUAAUACACGUCCGAAACUGAAAGGCUCCCACGUGCCUACAGAAGAGUACUCCAUAGAAAUGAUGAACAUCCGGUCAAUGCAGAAUCAGUCUCUUCAGAAGUACACGAGGAAAUCCUCCCUGCACAUUGUUGCCCCUCCACAGAGUCGGAUAUCCGAACUCACAGAUUACCAAACUCCCCACUUUCAUCUUUCAGAUUACUCUUAUUCGGAUGCCGAUGAUGAAGACGAGGGUUCAGAUUUAACGGAGAAAGGGGUUUCAAACCCAAAUGUUCCUCGGCUUAAUUUAGGGGAUAAUGAAAAUGAUUUUGAGGACUACGAUGACGAAAGUAGUCAUAUGACAGUAUCAAAUUCUCGUCCUAACAGUACAAAGUCAAGUAGCCAAAAGUUUAAUACUGUUUCAGACGAUUUGAAACACUUAGAGGAAACUGAUAACGUUUUACCAUUAUCUAUUUCCGCCUUACAAAGGCACAAUGCGGGCGUGCAACCUAUACUAAAACAAAAUAACAGAAAUUUUCCACAGGUUUGCAAUCUCACAGAUAUAACUGAAAGAGAAGAAAGUAAUCUUACUCGAUCCACAAAAACUAAAGCAGCAAGUGAAACACCGGCGGAUGUUCGUAUGUCAAUUCGAAUAGCUUACAAAACAGGGGGUGAUGACGUCAUAAGAGAACUGAGCAACAUAUCAUCUGAGGAAAUAAUGGUUCCGCGUUGGUCAAGACAAGACAUUAACUGUGAUGUUAUUGAAGAAAAUUCUUUUUCAGGAAGCAGGGAAUCUGGAUUAAGCAGGAAUUCUUCCGCUGGUAGGAAGGUCCAGCAUGGGUCUUCUAAAGGCUUACACACUGGAUACAGUAAUCUGUACCAGGAAUCAAUGCGAGAUAUCGCCGAUACAAUCAAUGCUGCCCAGCAAGCGAUGGACUUUAUAGAUCAAACUUUGGCCUCCAGUGAUAAGAACGACUCUAAUGUCGCCACUGUCACCCCAGGUAGCGGGGAUCAAAUGAAGAUGGAAAAGAAAAUACUCACAGACAAUACGGGUGAAAUGGAAGGUGAUGAAUAUUUUGACGAGGAUCAGGGGGUGACUCCGAUUGAUGAUUAUUUGAAGAGUUUAAAAAUUGAGAGCCCACAAAUGGAAAGCUUUACUUCUUACUCAGGUAAAACGGUGACACAAUAUGCUAUCAAAUCACAUUCAUUCAGAGAGAAUGGAGGAGAUAAACAAAACAGCUGUGAGGGCAUAGACGAAAAGACACAUCUGAGAAAACCUAUUGGAGAGAAAGGUGCGUUCUUUGUGACAGAUAGCAAUCAGGAUACUUAAGAUUUCAAUUAUUUUGAAUGGUAUGGAUUGCAGAUUUACCUUUUUUUUCUAAGUGGAUAAACAAUGCGUUUUCAGUAAUCCAUUCCAUGUGCUUGAACGACUCCUUCUUACGUUGACAAUAGCUCAGAAGUGAGGUAUGAAUGAAAAGUUCGUGUAAACAUUCUCAAGCUGAAGAUAUUGACUUCUCAGCCCCCCUGAAGGAGUUGGAUUUAUUUGCCUAGAGCUCAAUCUUGCCUUAUGUGUUCAUCUGUGUUUGACAAUAUACAAUGCUUUAAACAACUUCUCUCCAGUUGAUACAUUGAUAAUGGAGGUACUAAAA